GUCAUCACCAGGAGCCGGUAGUGAAACGCGCGAUAUUUUGAAAACAACGAAAAACAAACAGUCGCGAGCUUUAUUUUCGAUCUCCAAAACGGUAAACUAACGCCCUGUAGCAAUCAAAACAUGUCAAAGAAAGCCCCGAGAGCAGCCCUGAAGCUCCGUAUGAAGAAGAACGCUAGCAUACGGGUAGGAAAAAACGCAGACCUGAUGGCCCAGCUCAACCUCCUGGUUAUCCUGCAUCGUCUAGCGGAGGAGUCCAGGGUGAAAGCAUUUGAGGAGAAAUCGGCAACUAUCAAAGUUCACCACGUCAGAGCUGUUGCAAAGAAACUGUUAAAGAGCACACGUGGAUAACAUGGAUGACGGGAGUUCCCCAUCACAAUCCUUUAUUUGUUCAACAGCAUUGACCCCAUGAACUAACAUUUACUUAAAGACAUCAAUAUGUGUGAGCUACAGUACAGAGCACACAGCGUAUGUGGACUAUAAAAGAUGAACAUUUAAUUUUAUUCAUUCUUUAGUACUUUUAUGCGCACAAUGGAAUUUAUGUUGCCAUGUCUCAGCGUUGGACACAUUUUAAGGCUGUGAUCCGUUUCUCUACGAUUGUUACAUUUUUGCUUCUAGUUUUGUUUAAAUCAUGUAUGAUGGACAGUAUCUAGCCCAGAUAUCUAAAGCAACACAUGUGUCCCUCAUCUCGUUGGAUCGUAUUUUGACUUAAUACCUGUUAAUAAACAAUUUGUACCACUUAACUUGGUUAACACA